UUCCUACCUCCUCUUCCCUAUAAAUACCAUCCCACCCCAUUCGCCACUUCCCAUCACUCUACAAGCACAAUAUUAUGGCUUCCCAUUCACUUCACUCUCUUGCACUCUGCUUCCUCUUCCUCUCUCACGGUUGUUUCUCUCAGUUACUCGAGCAGCAGCAGCAGCAACUGCGAUGGCACGAGUUGCGCGGAGCGCAGCAGCACCGGCUCCGCGCCAAGACCGAUUGCCAGAUCCAGAGGAUCAAUGCCCUCGAACCGGACCACCGGAUCGAGGCGGAGGCCGGGCUCACCGAGAUUUGGGACCAGAAUAACAACGAGGAGCUCCAGUGCGCCGGUGUGGCGGCGGUUCGCCAUCAGAUUCAACCUAGGGGCCUUCUGUUGCCUUCCUACACCAAUGUACCUCAGAUCUAUUAUGUCAUCCAAGGCAGGGGAAUUCAAGGGACAGUGAUUUCGGGUUGCGCCGAGACAUUCGAAUCGGUAUCACAAACGGGUGGCGGACGAGAGGGAGGGCAGAGGCCUAGAGACAGGCACCAGAAGAUCAGACAGAUUCGACAGGGUGACGUUAUUGCCCUCCCGGCCGGAGUAGCCCAUUGGGCUUACAACAACGGAGAAACCCCUCUAGUUUUUGUUUCACUUCUCGACUUGGCCAACGAUGCCAAUCAGCUUGAUCUCAACUUUAGGAAAAUCUACCUAGCCGGAAACCCACUCCGCCGACCCCAAGGUGGCGGCCGCCACGAGCAAGAACAACACCGCCGCCACAGCCAGGCCGAAAACGCCGGCAAUGUCUUCAGCGGAUUCGACGACCAGACCCUGGCUGAUAUCUUCAACGUUGACACCGAGACAGCAAGAAGACUACAGGGCCAAGACGACCGGAGGGGCAACAUCGUCCGAGUGGAGAGAGAGUUCGGGGUGAUAAGCCCGCAGUACCAAGGAGAGGAGGAGGAGAGAGAAAGAGAGGAGAGGAGGAGGGGUAAUAAUGGUACUACAAAUGGGUUGGAGGAAACUUUGUGCACGUUCAGGUUGAAGGAGAAUAUAGGGGACCCAUCGAAGGCUGACGUGUACAAUCCACGUGGAGGACGAGUCAGCACGUUGAAUAGUCAAAAUUUGCCUGUUCUUGGGUGGGUCCGGCUUAGUGCUGAGAGAGGGGUCCUCUACAGGGAUGGCCUAAUGGCACCUCUAUGGAACAUCAACGCCCACAGCAUAAUCUACAUCCUCCAAGGAAGCGGUCGCCUCCAGAUCGUUGGAAACUCCGACAACUCCGCCUUCGACAACCACGUCCGUGAGGGUCAGCUCAUAGUCGUCCCACAAAAUUUCGCCGUGAUCAAGAAGGCGAGCGACCAAGGCCUCGAAUGGAUUUCGUUCAAGACGAACGGCAACGCGAUGACUAGCCAGCUGGCAGGCCGGUUGUCGGCGAUCAGGAACAUCCCGGAGGAAGUCCUGAUGAACUCGUACGAUAUAUCGCGAGACGAAGCGAGGAGCUUGAAGUACAACCGGGAGGAAGUGACGGUGUUCGGACCGGGGUCUAGGUCGCAGAGGGAGAGGGAGGCUUGAAAAUGUUUGUACCUUGUGGUGGUGUAUAUGGUAAUGUUUUGUAAGAAAAAUAAAGUGGUAAAAUGUCCCUGUGGAGCUGGUUUUUUCCUUUGAGUACUUUGUA